GUCCACUGUACCAAACUACCAAUUACGAAACAAAGUGGGAAGCAGUGCAGAGACGAGGAGAAGCAGUACGAGCCGCGGCCGGUCAUUCUCUAUUUCUCCACCUCUCCUGGCUCAAUUUGUGAAGCUGGUCGCCGGCGACAGACCUCCUGUGUCAGUGACUUCGUGAAUUGCGAUAAUUCAAUUUUUUGUUUAGCUUCUGAGAAUUCAGUAGGCAACCACAAACGUCCAGUGAAAUAAUGGGAGCUGUUAAACUGAAACUUCGUUCUCCGAAUGUUGAUGGAAUAACUUCGGAUCCACAGCCAGAUUGGAGCUUUGAUAACUUAUUGUCAGAGAUCGAUACAAUAGAAAAGAAGCUUAUUGUAUCUUCAAAAUUUUCUGUACCGUUUACCAAAACCCAACCUAGAGAGCUUCAAGCUUCAAAGAAGAGUAAUAAGUAUUCAAAGGGCUUUGUAAUGCACGUGUCAGACAGUGAGCUGGAAGCAACUGACAGCGGUGGUGAAGAGGAGGAUGAAGAUUCAGCCAUGGUUGCAGGCACACGAUUUUCUUGUGAUGAAUUCUACAUGAGUGAUGAUUCUGAAGAAAGUUUACCUCUUGGAAUCCCAUGUCUGAUGAACAAAGUGGGAUUAGUGGAAGGAGCGCUCUCCGAGUUCAUUCAUGACCUUCAGUUCAGUGUUAAGGAGGAAGUAAGGAACCAAAUAUCAACUUUGGGAACAGAUUUAGUAGAUGAAAAUGAGAAGUUUGCCUCUGUAAUUGCUCAGAUUGAGAAACAUAGAGAAUCUCAGCGGGAGAAGGACAGAAAAUUUGAUUUGCACUAUCAACGCACAAUUGCAGAAGCACUUGAUAAUCACUUGACAGCUGUACAGAGGGACCAUGAGCAUAGAUCCCAAAUAGAAGAAAGAAGAUUAAGAGAUGAUGCAGUUCGGGAAGAGGUUAAACGAAAGGAAAAGGCACAACAAGAAAAAUUGUUGCAAGAAAAGAUUAAAGCAGAAGAAGAGGCUAGGCUAAAAGCUGAAAGAACUGAAAAGGCUAAAAAAGCAGCACUGGAAGCUGAGAAAAGAGCUGCUCAAGAAGCUGCAGUGAAAAUUACUGUAGAAACUAAAACAGAUUCUGCUGUCAAGACUGUAGUUGAUUCUAAGGAGACUGUUGGACAAUCCGUGGUGGCCGGAAAUGAUUUCAAGAAAGAAGUCCAAUUAUCAGGAAAUAUAACCAAAGCUGCACGAAAUGCUCUAGAAUUGGAGGAAAGAAGAUUGCUGACUUAUAAAGAAUUAUCUGCGAAAAAUGAGGCUAUACGAUUGAGCACUAAUAAGCAGGAUUAUCAUGGACAUGGACAGCAUAUUGCCAGACGAAUCAAAACAAUCUCUGCAUCAAUAGAAAAUGUCAGAACGAAAUCAGAUGAGUUAGUAAGGCUAAUUAAUAGUCCAGAAUGUCCCCAAUCCAUCAGUAUCCUAAUGUUUGCAGAGAAGGUUGUGUCCCAGAGUGCAAAUCCUCAAAAGAGCUUCAGUGGUAUCGUUUUUGCUUAUAGUCGUGUCAUUGUUCUUGUGACAUCGAAGAUCCCUCUCGCCAUGGAUAUUCUUCUAGCUGAGUUGAACAGAGCUUGCAUCUACACCGUACCAAAGCAUAUAAAUUACUCUGCGGCACAUUUUAAGACAAAAGACGCUUACUACAAAGCCAUUGGUUAUGAGGAAAAAGAUGGGAAGAUUGAGAGUACUGAUAGUUAUGUAGAAAGGCUAAGUUCAUACAUGAAACUAUAUGGAGCUCUAGUUCAGACUGAAGUUAACGGCUUUCAAAACCUGCAUGGACUUAGAGAAGGCUGGGCAUGGCUUGCCAGAUUCUUGAAUGCUCUCCCGGCAAACCUAUAUACUGCUGUUGCUCUGCAAUCAUUUCUUGAGAUGGCUGGAUUUGCGCUUUACAGGAGAUAUAAAACUCAGUUUGAGAAGUUGCUUAACAUCAUUGCUCGUGAUUUUAUCAACUCGCUGAAAGAAGGCGAUCCAGAGUUGAACGCGAAGUUGAACAAGGUCACUGUAAACAUUCGUCAUUACAUGGAGUCGAAAAAGUUCAAGAAAGAACCUGAUGGACUGCAAUUGAGAAGUCACUUGGAUUCAAGUUCUUAUUUCUAAUGGUGAUCAGUUGAUGCUUAAUCAGUUAAUAUGCAGUUGGUUCACUGGAGAGGACCUGCUUCAGAUGUUGGAGCAAGUCAUCGGCUGUGAUAUCCAACCGUAUGAUAAAUUUUAGCCAAUGGCUGAUCUGGGAAUUGACAUUGGGGCUUGAUAUAUGGGGAGCAGGCUGACAGAGAUCUAGAGUCGAGCUGGAGAUGAUAUUGUAUCGAUUGAAUAUUUCUAAGGCUAUGAGGACGUUAUUAUUGCAUAUCAAACGAAUUAUUGAAUGCUUGGCGUGACUGUUAGACUCGUCAUACCAUUCCAUGUGGAUCGGUUGUCCAGGUGGGCUGUGGAUCUCUACUGCCAAGGCCAAGCCUAGGAUUGCUCGACUGUCGAAGCCGGCCGACACACGACGUGGACCAUUGUGGCCCACGUCGUGCUUUUAUUCACAUGCUGGAUGUCCGUGUUUAAGUAGGAUGACUCAGUUUGGAACCUUUACAUGUAAGGAUUCAUUUAGCUGAGACUGUAUUCUGCUUGUACUUCUUGUAGAAGAGUUAAGUUACCUUAAUA